AUGGCGCUUCCCCUCGGCAAGCUGACCAUCAUACUUGGUGCAGGCCUUGUAGGAUCAGUUCUUGCGAAAGAAGGCAGGAUAUCUAAUGUUUCUGAUUUUUUUUCUGGUGCUUUCAAGAUUGUUUUCAAGCAACUUAAAAAAGAUGAUUCAGGUGCUUCGAGUUCCAAGCCAAGAAAUGAUUUUCUAGUGCAACAGGUUAACAGUAUUCGUCAGGAGUUGCAACUUUUGGCAUCAAAUAGAUCUGUGACAAUUGUCACCGGUGACCGAUCAGCAUCUGGCAAAUAUGGUGUGCUUGUUAUUGUUGUAGUUGUUGGAUAUGGUUACAUUUGGUGGAAGGGUUGGAGACUUUCUGAUAUGAUGUUUGCAACAAGGCGUGGUUUAAAUGAUGCUUGUUCAUCUGUGGCUAAACAGCUUGAGAAUGUUUAUUCCUCAGUUUCUGCCACGAGGAAGCACUUGUCCUCAAGGAUUGAUCGUGUAGAUUGUAAAAUCGAUGAGUGCGCUGAUAAUGCAGCUGCCACAAAGGAGGAGGUAUUGGAACUACGGGGUGAUGUGAAACUUAUUGGUUCAGAUGUGCAAUCUGUUCACCAUGUCGUGCGAUCACUGGAAACUAAAAUUAGCAGAAUCGAAGGUAGACAGAAUGAAAUGAAUUUCGGAGUUGGGAAAUUGGUUACAUUCGUCAGGAAUCUUGAAAACAGCAGAAGUACGGAACAGAUUGAGGGAGGCGCAUCAAGUUCUGCUAGGCCUGCUAUUGAAUUGCCACAAGCAUCUCCAUUACGGGCAGUGUCUUUGCCUCCGAAUGCUUUACCUGAGCCACCAUCACCUUCUAACAAGGCCAGUGAAUCUUCACGAAGCAAACAGGCUGUACUCUCUCCUUCGAAUUCAACAAAGGGUAAACUUUUUUCGUCAGGCCUGAAGGAGUUUGGUGGGAUACCUGAGGAUGUUGGGAUUUCAAGCCUAACCGAACGUCACUCUGAAGAAACUAAAACAGACACAAAACCUGAAACCUCGUCUGCUGGUGUGCUUAAGAGAACUUUCUCCGAAAUUGGUGCAUCUUUGCUUACAAGGAGCCGCAGUGCAAUGCAGUCGUUCAAGUAG